UUUCGAAACACUUGUGAAAUGCACCGCUUCGUUUAGCCAUAGUCACGUGACUUUGGUGUUUCGAAUCACUUCAUCACGUGACAUGGAUGUUUCAAAUCACAUUUCGGAGCAGUGUUUCGAAACAUCUACGCUUCGGGAUCUCGACACAGUGUCGAAACGUCAGUUUCGCGGCAGCCAUCCCUACUGUGAACCAGUAGGAACUGACCUGUCCAUGCUGUAUAUAUUGAUGAUUUCAUCACAGAAAAAUCUCAGCUGAAAGAGGUGGCGUGCAGACAAAGCUGAGGUCAAGAGGAGAUUUAAAAAUGAAACGAGAGGAUGUGGAUUGUUGUGAAUCUUCAGUGGAUGUGACUAAUGAUGGGGGUCUGGAUUCAGUGUGGAUGAGCACAGAUCAGAGCCGCACACUACAGCCACUGCUGGACUUUAAACUCACUGAAGAGAAAUCCAGACACACACAUGACUCCGAUCUCAGUCUGACGUUACUCUCUUAUACUGAGUCAAAGCCCACAGACACUCAGGAUCAGGACACUACAGUGUGUGACAGUAAACAUAGCUUACAGGAUGAUCAAACCUCCACAGAGUCUCUGGAUUGUGCCUGUAACGCUGGAGAGCAGCAGCAGAUCCUGCAGACCAUAAAGAUUAAAAUUGAACCCACAGAAAUAAAAACUGAACCCACGGAAAUAAAAACUGAACCCACGGAAAUAAAAACUGAACCCACGGAAAUAAAAACUGAGCCCACAGAAAUAAAAACUGUGCCCACAGAAAUAAAAACUGAGCCCACAGAAGAGGAAGAUUGCACUGAGGAAGAUGAUGAUUUUAUUCCAUCAGAUGUAAAGAGUGAAUCAUGUUUGGAUAUAGAAAUAACGUCCUCAACAUCAAAAGAGCGACUGACAGCACAACCUCUUUCAUGCAUCACCUGUGGAAAGACAUUCAGCUCGCAAAUACAUUUAGAGAGACAUGAGAGAAAGCACACAGAACAGAAACUCUUCACGUGCACCAGAUCUGAGAUCAGGUGUACUAUCUUACAAGAGAAGAAACUUCAUUCAGAGGAGCACGGAGAGAAGCAACAGUUUCAAUGUGAACAGUGUGGGAAGAUUUGUGAAUGUGGCUAUUACUUCAAAAUCAAAGAAAAUCCUCAGAGAGUUCACACUGGAGAAAAACCAUUUGAGUGUCCUCACUGUGAGAAGAGAUAUAGACAUCAAUAUGUUUUGAAGGCACAUGUGCGGUCACACACCAAUGAGAGACCGUAUCAGUGCAUUGAAUGUGGAAAAACCUUUAGGGAUUCAGGUUCAUUAAAAAAACACCAGAAUAUUCACUUUAAAGAGAAACUCUAUCAAUGUUCACACUGUGAUAAACGUUAUGGCCAUCAACAUCAGCUGAUAGCCCAUGAGAGAGUUCAUACUGGAGAGAAACCUCAUCAAUGUAGUAUCUGUGGGAAGAGUUUUCGUCAACGGAAUUCAUUACAAAAUCACAAGAGAAUUCAUACAGGUGAAAAACCUUUCAAAUGCUCUCAGUGUGACAUGACGUUUGCUUAUUCGGGUCACUUGAAAUCCCAUCAGAGACUUCAUACUAGAGAGAAACCUUACUACUGUAGUGUCUGUGGGAAAAGUUUUAGUCAACAGACUACCUUACUAAAUCACCAGAGACUUCAUACAGGGGAAAAACCUUUCAAAUGCUCUCAGUGUGACAAGACGUUUGCUCAGUCAGGCUCCUUAAAAUCACAUCAAAGAGUUCAUACUGGGGAGAAACCAUAUCACUGUAGUGUCUGUGGAAAGAGUUUUAGUCAACAGACUACCUUACUAAAUCACAAUAGAGUUCACACGGGUGAAAAACCUUUCAAAUGCUCUCAGUGUGACAUGACGUUUACUUAUUCAAAUCACUUGAAAUCCCAUCAGAGACUUCAUACUGUAGAGAAACUUUACGACUGCUCUCACUGUGGAAAGUGCUUCUCUAAUCCAUCUAAAUUAAGAGUUCAUCAGUGUGUUCACACUGGAGAGAAACCCUAUCACUGUAGUGUAUGUAGGAAGACGUUUAGUAAUCAGUCAAACUUACUAAGGCACCAGAGACUUCAUACAGGUGAAAAACCUUUCAAAUGCUCUCUGUGUGACAAGACGUUUACUCGGUCAAGUUUCUUAAAAUCCCAUCAGAGAGUUCAUACUGGAAAGAAACCUUAAAGGGGACAAAGAAAGGAAAAAACAUUUUUACCUUGUCUUUGUUGAAUAAUGGUAGUCUACCCACAUUCACAAACAUACAAAAAGUGCUAAACAUGCUAAACAUCUCAGUCUCAUAGAAAUUCCUCUUUUAGAAAUGUCAGCCAGAAAACGGCCCAAUCUGAAAAACUGAUGCUUAUGACAUCACAGGCAUCUAAUUCCCCCUCCACUUUAAAAUAAUUGGCUACAUUUUUUGAGUGGCAGCAAAGUCAGCCAAUCAGUAAUGAGAUUGCAAGUUAAGCCAGUAGGGGGAGGCAAAUAGGUGCAAAACCACUUGUUUAAAAUCCCCCACCCUAAUAGAGCUAUCUGAGAGAGGUUUUUAGGAAGCUUCUAAGGCAUCAAACAAAAAACUGUUUGUCUACAUGUCACAUCACAGAACAAGGAUAAAUACCCCGUUCAAUCAUUCUAUGUCACCUUUAAAGCCAAAGGUAUAGACCCCUUUUCUGCGGAUGUCACAGAUACGUCACGGCGCUAGCUUGAGGCAAAACAAACGGAAAACUUACUGGAGGCGGCUAAUACAAACCAACACAGGGUCGGCUACACAAGGAGCUUUUAAAAUGUCGUCUUGUUGUGUUGUUGGUUGCCAGAAUCGACAGAGAACAGGCAAUUUGAAGUUUUAUCGGAUACCUGCUGCCACUGCCAGACAAAAAAAACGACGACAGCUAUGGUUAAAGCUAAGAAAACUCGCUAGCUACCGUCUGUUAAAAAGCGUUGAGGGGAAUCUUUCUGUCUCCAGCUAAGCACCGCCCACACAAAUAUGUCACAUUGUUUACCAAUUGUAAAAGGGUCUAUACUAGAUACGUCUGUGUAUGCGUGCCGUCCGUAUGAUAUAAUUUUUCGGCCCAAAAUUUGAGAGGACAGUACGCGUACAACAGCGCAUGCGUGAAAAAAUAUUGAGACAGGACACCCCACUACAAACAAUUACACAAAGGCAAAAGACAGCAUUUGCACACAUACUAUCAUUUUUUCUUCUUUGUUUUCCCUUAAUUCAAGAACAGAAAGCUGUGGGGCAUUUUCGUCACCAUACUGUUUGAUUCCUGGUCUAUGUUUUCUUCUUGUUUCUACAAUAAACUUUGUUUGCAAUGGUGGAUCGUAUAGUUUUCUUCACCUAUCCUACAUUUUUUUUAUGUACUGUAAAUGUCCCAAAUCAGUGCGGCUCUGACAGCCUGUUAGAGUAAAACUUUGAAUGAGAAAUCAUUUGUAUUGUGUACACGGCCAUCCGCGCGUAGCCACAGUAAGUAUGCUUUGAAAGCUGCGCUGAUGCGGGAAAAAGUAUACCUGGCCCUUAAAUCUGCUCUCACUGUUGAAUGAGCUUCUCUUUUCCAUUUCAAUGAAGAGAUAAUCAGAGAGUUUAUACUGUAGAGAAACCCUUACACUGUAAUGUUUGUGGGAAGAGUUAAUCAACAGUCAAACUUUGUAAAGCACCAGUGACCUUAAGGUUAUGACGGCAAAAACUUUAAAAGUUAAUAGUAAAAUAAGAACAAAUAAUCAAAUUAUGAGCAAUAUCCCCGAUAAAUACAACAGUACAAACGUAUAAAUGAAAUAAAACAGUCCUGUUUGGGUUUUUCAGAUUGAUCUAACAGGUUUGUAUUUUGGAGGAUGAAAAAUGACUAAAAGGUCUCUUAUUUCAAAGCUUUCUAGAGUUUUAUUUUAGGUUACGAUGUCCUUAAAGGGACAGUACGCAAAAAAAUGCAACACUCUUAUGUGGUUACUGUUGGAGAAAAUGCAUUUCUUAUUACAUUUUUGAAUAUUUUAUGUUACCAUUUAUGAAUGUAUAAUCCUUGGCUUAGAUUUAUGAGUGUAUUAGAGUCAUAUUAAAUCUUACUAGCU